AUCCAAAACUGCGACCCGAAAAGCUUCAGAACAAGAAGAAGGCUCGAGAAGGAAGGAGGCUUUGUGCUCCUCCUCCUCCAUCACCAUUUACAAUUACAGUUUACAACUCGACGCAGCAAGGUUCUGUGUUUAGUUUUGGUAGACAAAUUCAUACGGGCUAAUUGUUCAAUGACACUUGAAGAAUGCUAGUUUAGAAGUUUGAAGCUUCAUGUGAGAGUUAGAAGGCACCCGAAGAUUAUUUUCCGAGGAUGAACACCGUUCAGAUAACAUCCUGCCAGCCUAGCAUCUAUUUCAGAAACCCAUCUCAAUCUCUCCGCCUCUAUUCUAGUCCGUGUUUGCUUCCAAAUCGUGCUAAAUGUCUCCUUGGAACUUCAUUGAAACCAAAACAUAAUGCACGAAUCCAGCAACAAUGCGUGGCUGUACUGAAGAACCAGCAAUGCGGGGUCGUAUCUAAGUACCACCGAUCUGCACCUGUCUGUUUAUUGGGUGGCAAGGGAAAGAAUGAAAACGGUGAUGAGGGUUCCCCCUGGAAGGCUCUUGAGAAAGCAAUGGGUAAUUUCAAAAAGGAAGGGUCAAUAGAGGAUGUGCUACGUCAGCAGAUUGAAAAGAACGAAUUCUAUGAAGAGAAAGGUGGGGGCGGAGGUGGCAAAGGAAGGGGCGGUGGUGGUGGUGGUGGUGAUGGUUUAGGUGGCUCUGGUGGAACAGAAGAUGAAGGCUUUGCUGGAAUCAUGGAUGAAACACUGCAAGUGAUUCUAGCAACUGUUGGGUUUAUUUUUCUGUAUGUUUACAUCAUCAGUGGUGAGGAGAUGACUCGGCUGGCAAAGGACUACAUCAAGUUUGUGUUUUCAGGGUCCAAGAGUAUCCGUUUGCAGCGUGCAAUGUACAAGUGGGGAAGGUUCUUCCACACGUUGACUGAGAAGAAGGAAUAUGAUAAGUUCUGGUUGGAGAAGGCCAUUCUCACCACCCCAACUGCGUAUGAUUCACCUGAAAAGUACCGCAAUCUUGUUAGAUCUCUAGAAGCAGAUUCUGAUGACGAUGACGAUGAAUAGUACAAAUCACAUUGUAUAAACCCUUUCCCUCGACGUUGUUCCAUUUCCUGUUUAUUUCGGAGGAUUGUAUAAUUUUUUAGUGCAAGUUAUUCAGUUUUUUGGGUAUAAUUUUCCAUAUUAAACCAUACAUUUUAUAGCUUUUGACAGUUAAGAUCCUAAAAUAAUAAAGUUGCUUUUCUGCACAA